GGCCCCGCCCCCCAACCCAAUUCACAACGGAGCUUCUUUCUUCUCUCUAUGUUGAAACAGGGAAGCUUCGCUAACCAAUCUCCAAUAUUGCCUUCUUUACCUGUUCUUAUAAACAAAAACACUCCCCUUUAUGUGAUCACCAGAGCAAGUUCCACCAUUAACGUUUUGAAACUGCAUAAUCCUUGUCUGAGGUCCAUUCACUGUACUGCAACUAGGCGGAGGGUUAGAUAUGAAGAAGAAGAUGUGGACGAAGACUAUGGGCACAAUUCUGACAUCGCUAUGUUGGAAUCUUAUAGUGAGUCAACCAGGAACGAGGUCCUUCUGGUGCGAGCAUUGUUGGAUGAUCAAGAAGAAGAAGUACUCAUCUUCAAGGGGUUCUCUUCAUGCUUGAGCUAUAGGACUUCACCAGAUCCAUCACAAAGUGUUCUUCCAGCAAGAGCCGUCAUCAAGUCCAUCAAUCGCAUUAAGGGUCCCUACAAUCCAUCCAAUGUCGAGUACAUAGAGAAAGAUAUUACAUGGGAAGCCUUUAAGAGUCGUCUUCUAUCGGGUCAAAUCUAGUUUUAUUUUGUAGCAGAAAUUUUCCUCCAUGAGUGUAAGGGAAAAAUACAUUUAUCUAUGAGCAUUAUGACUCUGUCUCCUCCUAAUUAAUUCUGAUGCCUAUCUAAAGACUCCAAAACCCAAAGGCAGAAGGAUUUUUUAUUCAUGGUGGAUGAAGGAAACUACUUAUUAUUGUAUUUCAUUUUUUCCCCCUUUUUAGUGAGGUAAUUUGCAUCAAAUUUUCCUUUUAUAUAUAACAGAUCCAUGUAUUUGUACUAUGUAUUAAUGUUACGAUUAACACAAUGUAAAUGAUCAAUUUAUUUGCUUGAUAAAGUUUGAAUGGGUAAGUCUUCAAUACAAUACAAUCAUUUAUUUGCUUGAUAAAA